AUGGCGGCCGGGCCGCGCCGUGAGGAAGAGCGGAGGCAGCAGGAGGAGGAGGAGGAAGAUGAGGAGGAGCAGAGGGUCCCCCCUAUUGCAACAACCCCACCGCAUCGCUGCUGGAAGGAGGAAUCGCUAAGCCAGAGCAGCAGUGAGACUCAGGCAUCGGCUACCAGCGGCAUCUCCCUAGGAGAAGCGAUACGUCAGAGAUCUGCCAUUAAUCAGGAAAUUGAGUCGUGGUAUCAGCUUCCACCAGAAGUGGAUGCCAGCCACUUAACUGCUGCCUCGGAGACGAAGCUUGGCCUGACUUGUGAUAGAAAUGACCUGACAGAGUUCCCUACGCUGGAGGAAGGAGCGUUGUCUUCAGCAGAAGCAUCCAGAAGGCAGUAUCCUGUAGAUACGUCACGUGGCUUAUUGCUGGAUAUUCAGGACAGUCAGUUCUCUCCCUGUCUUCCCCUGCUGACGUAUUCAACACAAGGCCGGAGGUUUUCAGAUGAGACGCUUCUCCAGCAAUCAGAAAUGGAUUUUAUUCCUUUAAGAGGAGUCCCUGAUGUUUCUGGUGCUUCUGAGGAGCAUUCAAAGUCUUUGCACAUACAAGAAGCUGGGUGUCUGGCAGAUGCAGGAGAACCCUCUGAUGCACCCAGUGACUGCUUUACUUUGUCUCAGCAUCCGCUUCCAUUCAGGCACGGGGAACCUUGUGAUGCCAGUUCUAGUGGUGGUUUGUCUCAGCAAGCCUUUUGUUUUUCUGGACUUGUGGACAAGGAGGCAAAUGAAGACUGUAAAAACGACACUAAUCGAAAGACACUGAUCCCCCAAACAGGUGACAGUUUAGCAAGCUCCACUUCAAAAACAAUGCUGAUCCAGGAAAGUAGACUGAACAAAAUGGAAGCUUCUCUUGCAAAGCAGACCUGUUGUACAUCUGCAAAAGAUGAACAUUUCUCUUGUGACGACAAUGUGAAAGCUCCCGGUUUCGAGCUUGCAGAGAAGGAAAAGGGGUUAUUGAGGCAGGAUGAGUUCUCAUCUUCUGAAAACUCCUCUUGUAAAACAGUGCUGACUAAGAAUUCAGAAAAAUGUGAAAGAGAGAUGCAAAUGGAGAAGGUAACAAUGGCUGAGACAGAGUCAGAAGGAUGCCUGAGACACCCAGAGAAGUUGGAAAAAGACAAGAAUGUUUCUGGGCUUGAUUUCUCUAAUAAGUUAUCUGAUGAUUUGAGGAAAGACAGUUGUAAAACUUCAGAUGUACAAGACACAUUUUCUGCAAAGACUUCUGAAAUAGCCAGAGAGUCAGAGGAGCAUGGAGCAGAUCUGAAUGACUUUGGAAGUGUGAAAUUUGUGGCUGCUGCUAAUGAGCCCCAGGGAGCUUUCCUAGAUCAUCAGCAGAAACAAGCAUCUCCUGCAGUGAGAUUUGAGAAGGAGGAGCUUGUCCCUGUUGUGACGAGUACCAGUGACUGUACACCUAAACAGCUCGUCAUGACGGACAUGGAAGCUCCUCCUUCACGUGGCGAGAAUGCCUUAGUGGAAGCAGAACCUGGAGUGCGCAGGGGUGAAUUAACUAUUUCAGAUUUUUCCAUAGAAAGGGGACAUAAACUGAGAGACAUUUCCCCUUCGUUUAAUUUCCUCAUAGGUGAUGGCUCAUUCUUUGGACACCUUGCUCGUCCAAGCUAUCAGUCUACUCCAGGGAUACUUGUAAACAAAACUGAGGCAGAACCUAGUGCUCGAGUGAUCAAAUCAGAUAUUCAGGCCUCUCCUUUGUGCUUAAAUGAAGAAAAUUCUGGGAACUUGUCUACCAGUACACCUACAUCUGUUGAGAAGGAACAUUCUCUUCAGUGUGCUCAGAAAGAAAAUGACAAACACUUUGAGUCUUUAAAACUGAAAUAUCCUCACACUGGAAGAAUUCAGUCACUCCCGUCACUUAGCUUCAUGGAGAAGGUGGGGAUUUGGAAUAUGAGCCAGUCAGAGAAGUUAUCUGAUGCACUGGCUUCAUCUCACCCAAGUGGAAUUUCUCCAAGAAAGAAAGCCUACAGUGCAAUUACCAGUUCUUCAAACAAUCUUUUGUCAAUGCAAAAUAGUAGUAGAAACCCUGAUGGUUAUCUCGCUGCUUCUUCUGGAGAGACACAUUCCCUGGAAAAUUUGCACUGUCAUAAUAAAAUAUUAGAGCAUGUUCACCCUCUUACUAGAUCUCAGUCUGACAACUCAGUAAAUAUCGCCGGUAGGAACAACUCCCUGACUGAUAUUGUUCAGCCAGCAACCUCAACAGAGGCGAUGCAGCCUUUAGAAGAAAGAAGCAGUAUUUUAAGAGUGUCUGAAAAUAGAUUAGGAGGCUCCAUGAUACACAAGUUUACAACUGAGGUUGUUUCUGGAGCUACUGAUAAAGAUGCUGAAAGUAACAGUACAGGACAAAGUUCAGACCUAAAUGGUUUCAUUUCCAGUGAAGGAGUUGCUCAGCUCCUUAGAGAGGAUAGAAACUCUCCAGCUGAUGACCAGAAGAAUUGUGAUGGUCUUGAAAAUCAACAGCUGCGUCAUAACUUAGAUAUUCCUACUGGUCAUGUCAGCACGGACAAUUUAGGGGAUAUUUCCCAAGAUAGUUUGAAUCUUCCUGCUAGUUCUGGGGAAGGUAGCCAGGGGGGCUCAGGGUCAGCAGUUUCCGGACACUUCUUCACCAGUGCAGAAGACGAUAACUUCAUCCCCUUUGGAACAACUUGCUUGGGAACUCCGGAAAAAGAAGAGUUUAAUAUUGAAGAAAGGAUCCCAAUAUACCUUCGCAACCUUGGCAUUGAUCAGUCACCUGGAACUAUACUGACUCCGUUUGUACCCCGAGGACCCAUCAGGGAAGUUGAAUUUUCCCCUUCAGAGCUCAGAACACUGAAAGACUCCACUGACACUCUGGCGAGGACCCAGCAGCCCCAAGGUGGAUUUCUGGCAGCAGUUGAAGUUACACAAACAAGUUUCAACUCUGGCACUUCCACUGUCAGUAUUUCUAUACCAAUGAAUUCAGCAGUUGGCUCUGAUGUUCUGUCACCUAGUGAACUCUCUCGCAGCUUCUCAAGAUGUUUUGGAGACAAACCUGUGAGUCCGUGCAGCAUGUCAUGCCACCAAGUGGAGAUAACUGCUCCGCUUUCCACACGACAGGAGGCAGAACAUUCAGCUGUCUCCAAAGUAGCUGAACCAAACCAGCACCUGCAGACUGUUUCACCUGACUGCCAUUCUGACAGAGAGAGUCCCAUGCUGGUGGCAAAACGUGUUCAGGAGCUGCUAGUUAAAAAUGAGUUGAAAGAUGUGAGUAGCAGCUCACAGAGAUGGACUGCCAGUUCUUUGGCUGGAGUUAAAGGUGAAAUGGAAGUUGAGAGAGGAUCACAAACUUCGAGUAUAGGUAGUGAGAGAGAUAAGGGGCAGGAAAGUGAUUCUCACAUUGGAUCUGGUGCAUUGCAAGAAAUCUGUAAGCUUUUGGCAGAGGCAGAGGUUAUAGCUGGCAGCUGGUGUGACCCUGUCUUUUCCGCUGCCUCUUCUAGAGAAACUGGUGAGUCUUCCCCAGUGCUGAUUGAAAAGGAGGAUGACCCCAAAUAUUCUGAGUUGGAGAAAGACAGUGUCCUUUGGUUUCAGAAGAUACUGUCACAGGAUGAGACUAUGACCCAAAGAAGUAUGCAAGAAGAGGGAUUGGUAAUAAAGCCUCUGGAUUCUCACAAAGGCAAUUUAAGAUGGGAAAGUUCUUCUGAUGUCAGUUUGCAUAGCAAUGAAGAGAUGAUAAAGGAGAUGACCAAAGAGUUUAGGAUGGGGAAAUCCGUAGGAAGGUCUGAGCCAGAAGGCUGUAGCAGUGUAACUACAGACAGAAAUCAACCUGGUUUUGUGGCUGUUGCACAAAGCAAUGCAAGUAGUGAACUCAGCACUGAAAGAAUUUCAGGGCUGGGGAAUCCUUUGUCUGAGCCUCUCGGCAGUGCUGCCAGUGUUCCAGGAAGCUUCCAGAACUUGUUGUCUAAAGCUAGUGUAGCUGGAAGCAAGGCAGGAGGCAUGCAAGAGAGCGAUGGCAGUAGUAGUGGAGAUUCACUUGCUGCCCACGUCAAAAACCUUCUGAGGAAUCCAUCUUCAGUGCCUCUAGAGAGCACCACUGAUGUCGCAGGAGGCUUCCAGAGCACGUUGUCAAAAGCCAGCAUAGCUGGAAGCAAGGCAGGAGGCAUGCAAGAAAGUGACGGCAGUAGCAGUGGAGAUUCGCUUGCUGCCCAUGUCAAAAGCCUGCUGAGGAAUCCUCCUUCAGAGCCUCUAGGCAGCAUCACAGAUGUCCCAGGAGGCUUCCAGAGCAUGUUGUCGAAAGCCAGUGUAGCUGGAAGCAAGGCGGGAGGCAUGCAAGAGAGCGAUGGGAGUAGCAGCGGUGACUCGCUGGCAGCCCGUGUCAAAAGCCUGCUGAGAAGUGGAUCACCUGCAAUCCGUGCAACACAAAUUCUGAGUGGUGCGGAUGAAGAGGAGAGGAAAGCACGAGCAUGGGUGAAGCUAAAGCUGGCCAGCCGAUCUCAGGAAUCUGUGUCAGACUUGAAUGAAGAGGACCGACAAAGAAUAGAGGAGAUAAAGGCGGAGCUGCUUCUGAGUGCCAAGAAAUCUGGACUAGCCAAGGGUGCACGGAGUUGCAGUUUGGAAGCUGCUUCUGGCUAUGGCCGUAAUCAGGAACAGGACCUCGACUGUUUCAAAGCUUUGAGUGACAAAAGCUUUCAUGCUGACAGCCAAACACAAGCCUCCAGGGCUAAGGAGCUUUUAGAGCCAAACUUCCAACAAGUCGUCCUGCCUUUAUACAGAGCUAAUCCUCCUGAUCCUUGCCUUCUGAAGGAUACACCCUUUAAAUCUCUGAGUGCUGUUCAAACGCCUAUCUGCAGCCAGCAUCAGCCGGUUGCAAGUAGUCAUUCUGCUGGCGUCGUUGGACUUCACUCACCGCUGUGGAAGGAAUGGGACAGACGUGUGGUGAGGUCUGCAGCUGCUUCUGAUGUGCAAACAGAAGUGCAUUUGCCAGCUCAGAAGAAGCUGUCUUUUCCAAAGUGUUCCGAAGAGAUGGCUAAGCAAAUUACCUCUAUCACCUUUUCAUCCCGAAAACGUUUUCAGUCCCCUCUGACUUCCAUGGCACUCGGUGGCAGUCUUAGUGGAGAUGGUCUCGAUGGGUUAAUGCCUUUGGAGGUUGGUUCUGCUAGCGCUGAGGACCAGAGCCAUGGCAAGCAACGUUGGGAAAGAUCUCAGGCUUGUUCCCCUUCAAGUCCAGUUCUCGCUGGCUCACAGUCUAAUGAGAUGGCAUUUACUGCUGACAGAGCCAGGUUUCAUCACGUCUCUGCUGGCAGUGACAGAGCUGGAGCUUACCGAGAAACAGACUGUUUGUCAGAUCAGGAUUCUGUAAGCAUCCGUGCUGAUGAGAGACAGACCCUUAGUGCAAAAAAUCCUGACAUUCUGUCUCAAGAUGUGAGUGAAUCGGGCAGGCGUAGUGCCAGAAUCCUGGGGCCAGACGCUGUUGCAAGAUUCAGUCAAGGUAUGAAUGGGGUUUGUGAACCCCAUUCUGCGACCUUUAAUCAGCAGGAGGAGAGCAGCCCUCCUGGCCACAUCCAGUUGUGUGAGAGCUUCGAGGAUUCCCAUCCAGCCAUACAAACUGACUUACUGAAGGGCCACGUUAAGCCGGUGGAAGAAGAGCAACGUCCUUCUGAUGCUGUGCCUCUCGUUCAGAAAGAGGCUUUGGGAGAGCAAAUCGAUCAGCCGUUACUGCUGCCGUAUAAACCUUCUGGAAGCACUGGGAUGUAUUAUGUUCCUUAUCUCAAAGCAGGAUCCAAAAUUUCUCCAGUUGGAUCAGAAACUAGUGUUCAGAGCUCUCACUCAGGAUCAAAUGAUGCUCUUCCCUCAAGGUUUCCAGCAAAUGCUCUUGGUUUAAGAGAUGAUCAUCCUCCAGACAGUACAGCUAUCAAGCAUAAAGAAGGAAUCUACAGUAAGAGGGCUAAGCCCAAGAUAGCCUGGGCUGAGGAACAAAUGAUACCCCUCGAGGCUGCCCCAGAACACACGGAUCACUUAAAAUCUGUGAAAACCACUCACUCAGUCUUCAAGUCUGCCCAGUUCUACCUUCAUCGUCCCAUGUCCAUGCGUGAGAGCUCCUUCCAGUCGAACAGCGAGCUCUCGGAGGACGGUUCUGGUUUUGGACGUGCUAGACCUGCCUCAAGUGCUGUCUUCCAGAACUGGAAGAAUGCACAUCGCCAUAAACAUGUUUUUUCUGCCCAUCGUAAAAACGAUGGUGAAAACGAGUUCUUCCCGCUCGCUGCAGAAGCAGAUUAUAGCAAGAACGAGGAUCUAAACGUCGGUACGUCACCGGAGAGUGAAAUGUCAGGAAAUGAGCUGCUUCAACACGGCAGAAGAGAUGCAGAACAAAAGGCAGCUAAAAGUUAUCCUGUAGCAUUUAGCCAAACAACUUGUCUUCGUGAGAAUGUGGAGAAAGACCUGCCGACAAGACAGAGAACCCACUCCACUGGUAGCUUGGAUGACCUCUGGGUUAAGUUCCUGGAGCGCCAGAAGAGAUACCAGCACCAUGAUUAUAGGGGUAGCGGCGAGCUGUCCCUCGUUGAGCGCCUCGAUCGAUUGGCCAGGGUCCUUCAGAAUCCCAUUAAGCACACGCUAAUACCAGCAAAAGCAGGAAAGAAUGUUUUUGAAAGAAAAUAUAAGGUAAGAGAGCAGAAGAAAGUAAGGCUGCCAGAAAAGAGCACAUCUGAAAGUACCUCGGAGCCUCAUGCAGCAUGUGUUGAAGAAAGGCCAUUUAUCAACCAUGAUGAAAAUAGCUUUGUUGAGCUUAGGAAAAGUAGGUCAGGAGAGAAAAGGAUCUGCCACAUGCAUAAAAUUUUGGAGCACCAGCAGUACUUGGAAACUCCUAGUGACACUUCCUCGGAGAGCAGGCUUAGUAAAGAUCACUACACCACAAUCAGUUCCACCAUCUCUGAAUCAGAUGGGGUAACCCAAACAGAGCUGGAAACUGUUACUCAGACCGAGGUGAGCAGUUCCAUUUCCACCAUCGACACCGCCAGGCUCAUCAGGGCUUUCGGGCAUGAAAGAGUGCGGGUGUCACCAAGGCUUUCCCAGCUUUAUUGCACCAUCAGCCAGCAGAAGAGUCGCUCUGAAAUGUGGGACGAGGGAAGCAGCAAAGCAGUGGGCGUAGAAUAUCCCAAGGUUACUGCUGAGAAACACAGGAAACGGAAAGAGACCCAGGUACGUGAUCAGUUAGACCAAAAGAAGGCAGUCCGUGUUUCAUUGGAUUCAACUUCUUCAAGCAGCAGUUCCUGGGGGCCAAGCUCAGCUCUUAGUAACAAGCGACGAACGCGGAUGUUAAACAAAGGUGUCCAAGCAGGAGACUUGGAGAUUGUGAACAGUGCAACUAAGAAAAACACUCGAGAUGUUGGUGUGACUUUUCCUACGCCAAGGUCCAGCCAGCCAAAUCAACGGCCACGGAAACCCUGGCAUCGUGUCGACGGUAUUUUUGGAGAGUCAGCUGGUGUGGUCACAGAUCAUCAGGCAGCGGGAAGCAAGGGAAUUUCAUGGUUUGUCCAAGCAGAGGAUUUGAAAUCUGAAUCUAGGAAAGAAAACUUUUCCAGUUCUUGUCCUGGUCCAUCUUGGUUUGAACCACUGACCACCACUAAGCCCUGGAGGGAGCCUCUCCGAGAGAAGAACUGGCAAGAGCAGCAGCACAGCAGCGUGACUCAGCCAGCAGCUCCAGAAAGAGGUGCUGAGACCAGGUCCUUUCGGCCACUUGUGAAGCUUACACUACAGGAGGCUCUUGCAGUGCAUCGCCCAGAUUUCAUCUCCCGCUCUGGCGAGCGUGUGAAGCACCUGAAGCUUGUCAUGGAGGAAAGGAGGAUACAGAGCGUGCUGCAGUCUGAACGCGAAGAGCUAUUUAACCCUCCGGAGAAGAGGAAGGGCUACAGGAAUGCAAGUCACAUGCUGUCUGACAGAGGUUAUCUGAUUAAAGAAAAGAGAAGAACAAUUCCCAAGAGUGAAAUGGUUCAAAGGUCUAAACGGAUCUACGAGCAGCUGCCAGAGGUGCAGAAGAAGCGAGAGGAAGAGAAACGAAAAUUGGAAUACAACUCGUACCGCCUCAAAGCACAGCUUUACAAAACGAAAAUCACCAACCGUGUCUUAGGGAGGAAGGUGCCUUGGAACUGAUAAGGAUCUCCUCUUCGAAUGAAAGCGUGUUGUGCUUAGGAAACUCUGCAGCAUCUUCCUCUGUAAGGGAGAUGGUGAAGUGAAAUAGAUAAUGCAGUAAAUACCGUGCAAUGUUAUGUUUUGUGGCAUUCAGUGAUGUCUUUUUGUACUAAUAGAAUCUUGCCAUAUUUUUUAAGAUAUUAAAGGAUCAGUGGUGCGAAGUGAAUGACAGAUUUUUAAAUCAGUGGCUGCUGUUUCUAGUGCUGUUAUGGACUUCCAAAAUACUUUUUGGCAGUACUUGAUUCAUAAUAUAUUUAUAACUACGUGAUGGAAAUAGGAGUUUUAUAUACAUUUUAAAUAGUUUUUAACAAUUAUUUUUUUUAAUUUCCUAUUUCAUUGUAGAAAACCUGUUUGUAAUUGUUUUGUACUGGAAAAAAAAAUUAAAUAACAUCAGGUGAAUUUGUAGCAGCUCUUGUAGCAAUCAUGAAAUAUAUUUUCACGGUCCUUAUGGACAAGAUGGAAAAAAAAAAUGUGCUGUCGUCACCACUGACUCUACCCAGGACUCAGUUAAGAACUUACAGUGCAGCUGUGGCAGAUGUUUAAGCUGGACAUCAAUAGUACCAGAGAUUGAAGGUGUCACGACUGAGUUUUCUGUUUGAUUGGUUUGCUCUCUUUCUGUGUUAACAGCAGAGUCUAAUCCAAGAAUUUUUAUUAUUAUUAUAUUUUAUUUUUUUUUACUAUUUUGAGAGUUUCUAAGGUUUGCCAGGGAAAGUCCCCUUCACUUCAUUAGAUGCUUUUAUAUUCACAGGAUGGUUGGUUAUGCGCUUAAUGAGCAACACAGUGGUAAAAGAUGAAAAAUAAAGAUUGUGUUCUUGGUGAUAGAA